UACAGCCCGUCCAUUUUUGGAUAUCUUGGUAUACAGGGCGAGGAGAGUCUUCUCCUUGCUACUGGGGUUUAUGCCAUUGUCAAGUUUAUCUCAGUCUUACUAUUCUCGAUUUUCGUUAUCGACUUCAUCGGCAGGAGGCGUUCCCUUCUUACGGGUAUAUGUCUACAGAUUACCACGCUUCUAUUCGUUGGUAUCUACCUGAAAGUCACCAAUGGCCGUGACCCAGAAGACAUCUCUGCAGAUCCAGCAGCGAGACGAGCAAGUGAAGCUGCCAUCGCGGCCAUUUACUUGCAUGCAAUCGCACGGUCCAUAGGAUGGUUUUCCAUCCCUUAUCUCGUCAGCGCAGAGGUUUUCCCCAUUAGAAUUAGAUCUCUGUGUGUAUCUGUCCUCAUGGCCUUUCAUUGGGCCUUUUACUUUGGCUGCUCGCGAGCUAUGCCAUCACUUCUGGCCGCUACAGAGCGUUACGGUGCGUUCAUAUUCUUUGCGGCCAUCUGCUCUGUUUCCCUUGUCUACGUAUAUCUUGCGAUGCCGGAAACUUCUGGAAGGUCUUUAGAGUAUAUGGAAACUCUUUUCAGUCGACCCUGGUACACUGUGCACAAGGUCGCAUAUCCAAAAGCUGAAGAU